AUGAAGUCAAGACCCCAUGCCUUCAAGAGGGUAGCGCCGGGAUGGACGACCCGAGCGCCUCCGCCGACCCCGCCGGUGCCGCGCGCCACCACCUCGCCGCCGCAGCAGCAGCUAGGGGGCCAGCCGCCGGUGCCGCGCUCCCCUACCCCGCUCGACCUGGCCUCCGCCGCCGCGGCGUCCGGGUACCGCCGCCUCUCGCCGUCGCUCCGGCCGCCGGCGCACCCGCACGCCGCGCGGCUCCCGUCGCCCUACGGCCAGAUCCCUUCGCCCGGCGCCGGCGCCCACCACGCGCGCUCGCUCUCCCAGCCGCUCUUCUUCUCGCUCGACUCGCUCCCUCCGCCGCUGCCGCCCUACGCCGAUCUGGGCGCCGCGCCAGCCAUCCCGCCCUCCCCGCCGCCGUCGAGCUCCGCCGACCCGCCGCCGUCGCUCGGCCUGCCGCCCAGGAGGGCCGGCCACCGCCGCUCGCAGAGCGACAUCCCCUUCGGCUUCGCGCAGCUCAGCCCGCCGCUGCCCCCGCCGGCGCCCGUCAAGCGCGAGGUCACCACUGCGGCCGACGGCUGCAGAUCGGACGGCGGCGGCGAUGACGCCGCGCUCUACGACCUCGUCAACUCGUACAUGGACCUGGACGGGCUGGACCCGCUCAACUCCUCCGAGGACCGCCACGACGACCGCGACAGCCGCGCCAGCGGCACGCGGGCCGGGGGCGCGGCGGAGAGCAGCGAGAACGAGGCGGAGAGCCAGUCGACGUCAAUCGACAGGAAGGAUGGGGGCAAGUCCCGGCAUUGUCGCAGCCUGUCCAUGGACAGCUUCAUGGGCAAGCUCAACUUCGCCGCAGGGGAUGAGUCUCCUAAGCUGCCGCUGCCGUCUCCUGGUGGCAGCCUCACCAGGAGUGGAAGUGGCUCACUGGAAGGUGGCGCUGUUGCGCUGUUUGAUAUGGAGUUUGCCAAUGGGGAGUUUACCGAGUCUGAGAAGAAGAAGAUCAUGGCGAAUGAGCGACUUGCUGAGAUAGCUUUGACGGAUCCUAAGAGGGUCAAGAGGAUUCUGGCGAAUCGGCAGUCAGCAGCAAGGUCAAAGGAGCGCAAGAUGAGGUACAUUCAGGAGCUUGAGCAUAAGGUGCAAGUGCUGCAGACAGAGGCUACGACACUCUCUGCACAGUUGACAAUGCUGCAGAGGGACUCAGCUGGACUGGCUACUCAGAACAACGAAUUGAAAAUCAGGCUGCAAGCAAUGGAGCAACAAGCACAGCUGAGAGAUGCCCUGAACGAAGCGUUAACCGCUGAGGUCCAGCGUCUGAAACUCGCAACUGGGGAGAUAACCGAUGGCCGGAUGCCGAAGGGGCUACAGCAGCAGAUGAACUCCCAGAUGGUCCAGCUCCAGCAGCUGCAAAUACAGCAGCAGGCGCCCCAAACACAGCAGCAGCAAGGCCAGCGACAGCAGCAGCAGCAGCAGCCCCAGAAGUCGGCAUAG